GAAUUGUGAGUCAACUCUGACUCGAGUCUCACUUUUGUGUGAAAAAUAUAUAAACAAAGCGUUAAAAUGGAUGAAGACUUGUCGGCAUUGGAUCCACAGUCCGGCCACAGACAUGUCUUCGGCUGCCAAUCGGUGGACACCCAUCACGUGCCACAACUGCCACAACACGUGAGCACUCGUACGGCAGUGACGGACAGCACAGACACGAACCCCAGCCAUACGUCUCUUCACUUACAUCGGUAUCGAUCGCGCACUUCGUUUGGCAGACAAUUGUCGAACUCUGAGAUCUGCCGCCGAAGACGCGACAGUCUCUCAGCGCUCAACUACCAGAACCUGUCCAGCAGUGGGUCCGUCAUUAAUGUGGACCCGUCUUCAGGCGAGACAUCAAAUUUGGUCCGAUUUCGGUCAUCACUUAUGGGACAAUCGGCGCCAUCGCUAUCGCCUUCGAUGAAGGAAGCAAAUAACACAAGAAAAACACAUCGAUGCGCAACUCGUAAAAGUCUGAUUCCCGUUUCGCCAACACUUCCCAGAUCUCCAUUACCACAAAGCAGUCCAUUGGAGAGCCCCCGCAAUAUGUCGCCCUCCACUCACUUCGUGUUCGCCACUAAUAAGAAGAUUGAAGGCAGGCGUUGGUCCGUCGCCUCACUUCCCUCUUCGGGUUACGGCACGAAUACACCCAACAGUUCUAAUUCUCAGUGCUCUUCUCAAGAAAAGUUGCACCAAUUGUGCCAUUUGUCACACGAAGACUCAACUCACGCGUCUAUGGGCGGACACAUGCAUCACAUCCAUCACUGUUGCCAUCACGUCAGUCACAAUCUUCUGCAGCACUCGCAUCACAACAAGAUAUUAAGCUUAGAGACGGCUCAACACUUCAGUAGCAAUGAUAGUAAUCCGAGUUAUGACGAAGAAGUGAGAUGUUUGUCACCUAUGAUCCGACCGCGAUCUCGCAGUCUGAGUAGUCCCGUGCGGUCGCCCAGCGCUGACAGCGAACGCAUUUUGAUGAAUAACUUAUAUAAAGAGAGGUUUCCGAAAGCGACGCAACAGAUGGAGGAGAAGUUGUUUAAAUUCAUAAGCGAUCAGUUGAACAUCGAUGACAUCGAGUGUUGGGCCGCCUCCGACGCGGUGUUCCGUUUCGCUCACCACCAGGUGAUCGAAUUGGCCAAAGACUGUCUCCAGAAAUCCAAAGACAAACUCAUCACUUCUCACUACUUCUUUGAAAUCUCCGAGAAUUUGGAAAAACUUUUAGUUGAGUGUCGAGAAAAGUCACCGACAGCUGCCAAUCAUUUAUGUUCACUGAUCAAGAAGGUGAUGAUCAUAUUGUCCCGUCCCGCACGACUCUUGGAAUGUCUUGAGUUCGAUCCCGAAGAGUUCUAUCGACUCCUGGAAGCGGCUGAAGGACAGGCUAAGUCUACUCAAGGCAUCAAAGUGUCGGUCCCUCAGUAUAUAAUCAGUAAAUUGGGACUCAAUAGAGACCCGUUGGCAGACAUGUCGCCAAAUAUGGAAAGUUUAGACAUAAAAGAUGACAACGAAUUAAAUCCUCAAUCGGAUGGGAAGGCCGAAGAGAUGGCCAAACCUCCGUCCGAAGAGGACUACGAGACAAUCAAAUUGAUAAGCAAUGGCGCGUACGGAGCCGUACAUCUCGUUCGACACUUAGAGUCGAGGCAAAGGUUUGCGAUGAAGAAAAUCAAUAAACAGAAUCUACUCCUUCGGAAUCAAGUGGAACAGGUGUUCGCUGAGCGCGAUAUCAUGAGUUUCACAGACAACCCAUUCGUUGUCUCAAUGUUUUGCAGUUUCGAAACCAAACGCUACUUAUGUCUAGUGAUGGAGUACGUGGAGGGCGGCGACUGCGCCACUCUUCUCAAGAAUAUGGGCCCCUUUCCGCUCGAUUUGUCGCGACUAUACUUUGCCGAAACUGUAUUAGCGGUCGACUAUUUGCAUAGCUUUGGUAUUGUUCACAGAGACUUAAAGCCCGACAACCUAUUGAUCACAGCGUUGGGGCACAUAAAGCUCACGGACUUUGGUUUAUCCAAAAUGGGUUUAAUGAAUUUGGCCACCAGUCUGUCCGAGGGAUACCUCGACCGCGAGACCAAACAGUUCACCGAUAAGCAAGUGUUCGGAACGCCUGAAUAUUUGGCCCCAGAAGUGAUACUUAGACAGGGAUACGGACGGACUGUCGACUGGUGGUCGGCCGGUGUUAUACUUUACGAAUUUCUGAUCGGUUGUGUGCCGUUCUUCGGCGAAACACCCGAAGAACUCUUCGCUCACGUUAUUAAUGAUGAGAUUGAAUGGCCUGACGAACAGGACUGGCCAUUGAUUGAUGACUCCAAGGAUAUUAUAUCACAGCUCUUACAACACAACCCGAUCGAUAGAUUAGGCGCCGGCGGCGCUCAUGAAGUGAAAGAGCACUCAUUCUUUGAUGAUAUCAAUUGGGAGGCAUUGCUUCGACAAAAGGCAGAGUUUGUGCCGCAACUGGACGGCGAAGACGACACCAGUUAUUUCGAUACCCGCGCCGAUCGAUACAAUCACGACUGCGUGGACUCCGAAGACUUGGAGGACACGGACGACAGCUCUCUAUUCGGAAGCUUCUCGUCGUGUUCUCCGCGUUAUCGCAAAGUCUACUCCAGAAUUGAGAAAGAGUUAGAACAGGAGAAUAGACUUCGAUUGUCUUCUUCUUCCUCAUCACUCAAAGAGGAGAUAACUAUUUGCCCGAAGACUAGAACCCAUUCAACGAAAUCUGAUUCAUCUAUUUUGCGGUCUAUGAGCGUAACCGAAGACCAAAUGAAAAGCCAAUCACACCCUAAGUUAUUGGAUUCAAAGAGCGCUUACACUCCAACUUUGAGCAAACCUAUGGCUCAGAGCACUCCUGAAUCAUCUCAGACCGAAUCCGAAGACAUUUCGCCGCAAACUUAUCGAAAGCGAAAGCCUUUGAGUAUAACUAAAGACGCGUUACCGAAGUUUUCGUUCAGUGUUGACGACACGUCUACUCUAUACGAGAGCCCCAACUCGUCGCCGCACAUCUCUAUCAAAGAGUUGCCGCCACUCGACGAGAGCUUUACCUCUUCUGAUGAGAAGAGCUCUUCGCCGCGAAGGCUAUCGGAUGGACCGUACGGUUCGGGACUUCCGGUUUCGGCUAAGAUUUCGAUUCCUUCGGUUUCGCCAAUGAGACAACCGAUGCGCUCCAGAGCUGUCAUAAAGUCUGCCUCUGCUUCUGGUUUGUCACUAAUCAUCUCAUCGGACGAUUCGUCGGUCGCACGCAUUGGUUCACUGGCGGCCACUUCUUCCGGAGGUUCGACGACCAGCUCUCGUGACACAUCGCCCAAUCGCGAGAUGAAUUCACUGCCGUCUCAACUCAAACCUCCAAUUAUAUUACGGAAAGGGCCGCGAGGUUUCGGAUUCACCCUUAAAGCCAUUCGUGUCUAUUAUGGGGAAUCAGACUAUUAUAUUGUCAAUCAUUUGGUUUUGGCGGUUGAGAGCAAUAGUCCCGCAUUUGAAGCCGGUUUAAGACCCGGAGAUCUGAUAACACAUAUAAAUGGAGAAUCGAUUACUGGAUUACUUCAUCCGCAAGUUCUACAACUCGUGCUUUCGGGCGGCGAUAAAGUGAAUAUAAGGACGACACCGCUCGAGAAUACGUCCAUCAAAAGCGGUGGCCGUAAACGGAAUCCUCACACCAGCAAAAUGGCCCGAAGGCCUAUCAAUAGUAAUAAUAAACACCACAAAAAUGUCAAAUCAAGUCACGUUAAGCGAAGCGAUUCCGACAAAAGGCGCAGAUCUUCGCUCUUUCGACGACUCAGUUCGAAGAGAGCGAGCGUUGAAAUGAAUCAAUUGGUAAUCAAUACGAGCGGUACGACUCAAUUGCCUCCAAUCACACCACCGCCGAUCUCUGCGCAACAAAUAACUCCCAGUCGUAGCUAUCAAUCGCUUCACCGGACGCUCGCAAACGUAUCGCUCGAUAAUGUGAUAAUAAGCAGCGGAAGCACCACUUCGUCGGUGACUCCGCCCUCAUAUAGACUGCCGACGUGUUCGCAGUCGGACUCAUCCAAUACGACGGGUAACUCAUCGGUGGACAGCUCUCCCACCAGUUCUGCCCCUAACUCUCCCGCGAGCACUACCCGUCCCUCUAGUCUUCACGGCCUCAAACAUAAACUCAUCCAAACGUUUCGGUCGCCGCGACGCAAGUCUUGCGGACACAUUCCUCUCUCACCUCUGGCCCGAACGCAAGGCGUGUCGCCGACUGUGAACACACUUCAGACCACAUCUCCCACUUCGCGCUCUCCUUCGCCGCUCGCAUUCCCAGUUCACCAUCAAAUCGGAAGCUCACAAACCACGCAAACCUUUGUACUCCAAAAGAACUCUUCUGGCGUUAAAUUGGCGACAAAUAAUCUCUUGACUCCGAUCGACAUCCGGACCAACACUAGUGACGCUUCACUCAGGAGUACUUCUCCCGAAACGAUGUCUUCGAGCAAAUUAUCCGAUAAUAACAGUUCGUAUGCAUUGAAGAAAAGAGAAUCGUUAACCAGUUCUCCGUUGGCUCUGUCGUCGUGUCCGCCGUCAGCUUCCGUAUCGAAGUUAGCGCUCGAGUCGACCAAAAAACAUAGCAAUAGUUCGCCGAAGAGCUCAAAGAAGAUGGAAAAAUGUUGUGAUCCGUUAAUCGGUUGUAAUAAGACAUCAAAGAUUAGCUCAAGUGAUAUAAAACAAAACGAAUUGAUUUCGAGCUCUUCUUCUGAAUCAUCUGUGAUUCAAAUGUCGAGCAAAACGAGUGGACCUUCUCUUGACUCGAAUCGAUUGACUUCAUUAUCAACUGAGACAGCAAUCGAUAGACGAUCUGUGAAACACAGUUCCAGUUCGAGCACAAGUAGUACCACAAGCAGUAGUUGCAGUUCAGUGGUGAGUAAGUCAACGAAGACCACAUCCACUGCUUCUUCGAGUACCAAAUUUCUCUCUAAGCAAACCACUUAUGAGAAGAAAAAGUCUUCGAGUCGUUCCACAUCUACUUCUAAGUCAACAAACAGUUCGACAAAAAGCAAUUCAAACAAAUGAUAUUUAAUUGCAAUUCGCGACCAUUUAUUGUCACAAUUUAUUAAUUAUUCGAGUAAUUAAUAGACACUUAAAUCCAUCCCUUCUUCUAAUGUAAAUACAGACAAAUUGUGAGACUAUUAUCUCAUAAUCGCAUUGUUUUCAAUACUAAAUAUAUCUAUACAUUAAUAUCCGGUGAAGAAAAUUGAUGUUCAAUACAAAUAGCCAUCGAAUCCCACUUUAUGUUUGCGAUAUUGAUAUCGUUUUUACCAGUUUUGCAUCCA